AUGUGUGCCUUCAUAACCUUUCUAUCUCAAAUUGAACCUAAGAAUAUCAAGGAGGCCUUAAAAGAUGCUGAUUGGUUAGCUGCUAUGCAAGAAGAGCUCCAUCAAUUUGAGAGAAACAAGGUAGGUGAUUCUCAUAAGGUUGAUGAAUUUGGAAACACUACAAGGAACAAGGCAAGACUGGCGGUUCAAGGCUACAAUCAAGAAGAAGGCAUUGGUUAUGAUGAGACCUUUUCUCCUGUGGCAAGAAUGGAAGCAAUCAGGAUUCUUAUUGCUUUUGCAUCCCAUAUAAAAUUCAAAUUGUUUCAAAUGGAUAUGAAAAGUGCCUUCCUUAAUGGGUACUUGAAGGAGGAAGUUUUUGUCAAGCAACCUCCUAGUUUUGAAAGUCAUGAGCAUCCCUAG